UUGUGCUCGGGCGACAACGACGAAGAAUUCGCAUAUUCCACGACCAUUCCGAUUUCCCACGUCGUUCGCCAGAUUCCGCAAUCAUGGCUCCGGGUUUCGAUCAAUUGUCUGACCAUGACUUCGAGGAUGACAUUGACGACAUCGACUUCAGCGACCUCAAGGAGCGAUACGAUGUGCGCAUGGAAGAAGGUCUCGAUACUUUUGUCGUCAUUGAUGGUCUUCCAGUUGUCAACGCCGAGCAAAAAUCCAAACUGGUCAAAUUUCUGCUCAAGAGAUUGAACUCGGUGGGAAGAAUAAAGGAUGGCGAAGAAUCCGUCUUCAUGCCUAUGAACGAGCAAGGCAUGUCCGAGGGAUUUGCUUUCGUCGAAUACCAAACUCCCGAACAAGCGGUUGCUGCGACCAAACAACUCCACGGUGUUGCUCUCGAUAAGAGACAUACACUCGCAGUGAACAAACUUACAGAUAUCGAAAAGUACGGACGAGAGGGAAGAAUUGAUGAACAAUAUGUCCCUCCAGAGGUCGAGCCAUUCUCGGAAAAGGAACAUCUCCGGUCUUGGCUUUUCGAUCCUGCUGCCCGAGAUCAAUUCGCAAUGUUCCGUGGUGAUAAGGUCGGCGUGUUCUGGAACAAUAAGAGAGAUUCUCCUGAAAUGGUGGUUGAUCGAAUGCACUGGACUCAACUUUUUGUAUCUUGGUCACCACACGGAACGUUUCUCGCCUCAAUACACCAACAGGGUGUGCAACUAUGGGGUGGAUCGUCAUUCAAGAGAAUUAGGCAAUUUCCUCACCCGUUUGUCAGUCUGAUCGAGUUCUCUCCUGGGGAGAAGUAUCUCACAACCUGGUCACAUCAACCAAUCGUCGUGGAGGAAGGGAAAGGGCCUCUUACUCUUGAUGAAGAAGGAAAACAUAUCAUCAUUUGGGACAUCACAACUGGCAAACCUCUUCGAUCCUUCACCGCCUAUGAUCUCACUCCUCCUCCUGGCGCCGACCCUACUGCAGUUCCUCCGAAAGCCAAGGUUCAAUGGCCAGCCUUUAAGUGGUCGGCCGACGAGAAGUACGUGGCCAGAAUGAAACCGCACGAGAGCAUUUCAAUCUAUGAACUGCCGCGAAUGAACCUGCUCGAUAAGACUUCGGUCAAAGCUGAAGGCAUUAUGGAUUUCGAGUGGGCACCGGCCAUCACACAGCGAGAAGGUGUAAAGACGUACGAAUCCCUCCUUUGCUACUGGACACCCGAGAUGGGAUCCAACCCCGCCAAAGUUGCUCUGAUGUCUGUUCCAAGCAAGGAGAUUGUUCGGACGAGGAAUCUAUUCAACGUCACCGAUGCCAAGCUACACUGGCAAUCUGAAGCUAAAUUCAUCUGCGUAAAGGUCGACCGACAUUCUAAAUCUAAGAAGUCGCUUGCCACCAACCUCGAAAUCUUCCGCAUAAAGGAGAAGGGUGUACCCGUUGAAGUUGUCGACAGCUUGAAAGAUACAGUCAUUAACUUUGCCUGGGAGCCCAAGGGUGACCGGUUUGUUCUUAUCACGGCUGGCGAAGCUGUAGCUGGAUCAAAUGUACUACCGAAGACUGCUGUCUCGUUCUUUGCUCCCGAGAAGAUCAAGGGUCCGGGUACUGGAGCCUUCAAACUAGUCAGGACAAUCGACAAGAAGAACAGCAAUGGUAUCUACUGGUCACCCAAGGGUCGGUUCGUGGUUGUAGCGACAGUUAGCGUACAACAGCACUCCGAUAUUGACUUUUAUGACAUGGACUAUGAGGGAGAGAAGCCUGAAUCUGAUGCCAACGUUGCGGCCAAUUUGAUGCUUAUGAACUCCGAGGAUCACUAUGGCAUGACGGAUGUUGACUGGGAUCCCACCGGCAGAUAUGUCACCACAUGUGCUAGCGUGUGGACACAUCAGAUGGAAAAUGGCUACAAGAUGUGGACCUUUUCUGGACAACUCCUGGCCGAAGCCCCAACAGAGAAAUUCAAGCAGCUACUUUGGCGGCCGCGACCUCCAACGAUCCUGUCGAAGGAAGAACAACGCACUAUUCGACGUAACCUUCGCGAAUACUCGAAGGAGUUCGACGAGCUCGACAAGGAAUUGGAAGAAGGCGCUAACUUGGCUGUUAUCGAGGCCAGGCGGAGAUUGUACAUGGAAUGGUACAGCUGGGUGAUUCAAGAGAAAGAACUUCUCAAGGAAGAACGAGAGGAAUUGGGCUUGCCGGAUCCAGAGUCGGAGCUGCAACUGCAACGUACCAAGAGUCUGGAAGCCGAUGGGGAGAAGGUUGUCGAGGAAGUUGUCGAGGAGGUCAUUGAGGAGACAGAGGAGAUUGUGCAGUAGCCUGGUGCACCAAAAGUAAUUGGUAGGAAAUUAUGCCAUUGGUCAUGCAGACCCGAGUUAUUCAAGUGUAAAGUUGUUUCCAUAGACGAGACACGCCUUCAUCAGUGAAUAAGCUAACAAACGAUAGCACGAACAGUCUUCAAAUUUGUGUAUUCGCAAUACUUGCUCUAGAGACAACGUGAGAAGACAGGAGUUCACAUUUUAUU